CAAUCAUCAAACGCAAUCACAAUCAGUUGGCCGUCGACCGAAGGGAUAGCUGCACGCGUCGCCCCACACGUUUGCGUUACUACAAUACGUACGAAAAUUGCGCGCCGAUGGACAAUUUCGAAAUUGUGGACUUUAAUUCUUUAAGCGAGACGGCCAAAACUUUAUUACGGGCAGCGGUGGACAUACGCAAGCGAUCGUACUGUCCAUACUCAAACUUCGCAGUUGGAGCUGCGAUAUUAACAGAAGAGGACUGGAAAAUCUACACAGGAUGUAAUAUUGAAAACUCUACGUUAUCGCCGACAAUAUGCGCAGAGAGGGCAGCAGUGCCAAAAGCCGUUUGCGACGGUUAUUUGAAAUUCAAAAUGGUGGCGGUUGCCGCGCAUCAAAAUGACUCGUUCACAGCGCCCUGCGGUGUAUGCAGGCAAACUUUAAGUGAAUUUCGAGGUUCGGACGGCGAUAUAGACAUAUUCCUCACCAAACCAUCGAUGGAUAAAGUUUUAUGUACAAAGCUGUCUCAGUUACUACCGCUAUCGUUUGUCAGUUAUAAAAAAGAUAGCGUCAUUAAUAAUUGUAAAUAGUAUGUAUGCAUUAUUGUAGUAAUUGAUGAAUAAUGGAUGCACACACUGGUUGUGAAUAGUACCUUUUGGUACCAUCGAGGGUAGAGGUAAGAAGAACCAUCUCUAUAUCAAGGAGCGUUAAUUUUUAGGAGGCGCUACUGUAGCUCUAUUUUUAAUGUUAUUACACAUUAAUUUAUCAAGAAAUACGGCUUAAAAUAAAAAGAAGAAUGCCCGACUAGUUUCGAACCCAUACAAGGCCCUUAGUCAUAAGCUGGUUCUUGCAACGCGUCACGAUCCAAACCAUAGAGUGAUCGAAAACCGCGACGCGGCGACGCGGCGGCGCGUACUGCCGCUCGCAGCGCGCGUUGAGAGAGGGGUUAAGGUGUGGGAGUGAAAUUUCCAUUACACUGACGAUUCCUGAACGUCAUUUUGAUUUGACCCUUUUCUUGUACCUAAACAAUCCGAACUAACACUAUCUUACUUUGUUUGUAAUUUGCGACAUCGAAUGAAUAAGCGGUGUCCACGUGUAUCACGUGAGUUUUAGCCGUGUUUCAUAACAAAUUAAUAUGAAUAACACUCGGAAUAGUUUGAAUUCUAAAAUGUUAUUAGACAGUUUUUACAGAGUGGUUUACAUGAAAUGCGAAGGAUGAUUUCUAUCUGUCUAUUUACUUCUCUGUCUACGUCACUCAAACUACGAUUGCUAUGAUUUUAUUUUAUCGCAAGCGCCAUUCUGGCCCGAUUUUGAACUACUGUUUUAUCGUUACAAGUGGAUACUUUUAUCGGGUAAUCCCCAAAUGAGAAGGUUCUUUUUAUAUCUACCCUCCAUAGUCUCGUUAAUUGAUGUGUUAGCUACUAUAAUAAUAGUAAAAUUAAAAGUUCCUACCAGUUUCUUCGGGCGCGACGGUUUUAAUUUUUUUUUUUUUUUUUAUAAUUACUUUGAUAAAUUACGUAAUCACAGCAUUACUUUCGUAUUUCAAUCCAUUCUUGCUCGCUUGCAAGCAGCCUCGUAAGUUUCAACGAAACUAAGCACAUAGCGGCGAUCAAAUAUGUAAAAAAUAAACGCAUUUGAAUAAAA